AUGGGUGGUUAUUAUGAACCUGGUGUGGUAGAAUUACUGUUGACAACGACAUUCAUAAUCUUAGUCCUUGUUUUACUGCCUCUGGGGUGGCUGGGUCUCAUCCUCUGGAACCUUGGUCGGAUUGUAUCCGGUUCAACAAAUGCGAGGAAUGCUGUAUCAGACAUCGGAUCGUCACUAAAUCUGAUUUGGGCAUUACCUCUAUGCAUCGUGAACAAUUUACGGCUUCUUCUGGUGAAGCUUUUACGAGUCUUUUACGCGUACCGAAACAGGCCCGCUCCUAGUAAUAUCGCGAGGCGCCAUUAUACUCGGCCGUUCGCGACCGGGAAAGAGAUCUCCGUAGAUCCGUACCUCCUGCCAGAGGAAGAGCAAUACAUAUACACUCCAAUCAUGGGCGAACACAAGAUCAGACUUUUGGUAAUUCAACCAGGCUCAUUCAAUGAUUGGAUCUGUGGGGACGUCGUGGAGGCCAAUCUCUUGCUGGGGCCGACAUUCGACGCGUUGUCAUAUACCUGGGCAGAUGAGAAGGGCGAUGCAUCACGAUCGGGCAAAAUAUACUGCGUGCCUGACUUUAGCGUCAUUGAGAUCACGAAGAACUGUGACAUGGCGAUCCGACGGUUACGACAUCCCAAGAAGAAACGGCGCAUCUGGAUCGAUGCUGUCUGCAUUAACCAACAGGAUGCUCAGGAGCGAACCCAUCAAAUCGCGCAAAUGUCCAAGAUAUUCACUUCGGCCCGUCGAGUGAUUGCCUACACGGGCGAGGGGACACCUCAGACAGACACCCUGUUUGACUGGCUCAACGGCCUCGACAUAUCGGAGCUGAACGUGCCGCUGAUCGGAGGGUUGGACGAUCUUUCUCACCCUAUAGCCACAAUCAAAGAACCUGCAGACCUUCGGAGAGUGAUAGCCCGUAUUCGGGUUGGGGUAAACGAGAGAAUCAUAAUGGCGGGCAUGUACGGGAAACGUUGCUUCUCCAAAUCACCGCACCAAUCAGGGACAGCCAAUGAGAAAAUAAGCAUUAAGAAAGCGGAGCUUACUAAAUUCGCACUCAUGUAUUGCUCUCGAAGAUGGUUCAAGCGAGUCUGGAUUUUACAGGAGGUGAUACUGCCUGAUCUCCAUCGCACUAGGAUUGUGUGUGGUAGCAGAACCACGACGGCCGAGAGAGCAUUGCAUGCUCUGGGACUGCUAAAAGAAACCGGCGCAGGGAGCAUUCCCCGGAUAUUUGUCGUGAUCCGCAAGCCAACCAUUUUCCCUAAACGGUGUUAUCUCUUGGAUAUCCUCAUGGAGACUAAAGACCACCUAGCCACGGAUCCCCGCGAUAAGAUUUUUGCAGUCCUCAGUCUAUCGCACAGUUUGGAUGGGGGUUCCUUCCCUGAGCUCGAGGCCAAUUACGAGCUGAACGCAGCCCAGGUAUAUACCAGAUACUCCGCCUUCUUCAUCCAGCAUCACGGCCCUGGCUUUUUCCUCGCCUUGAUCCAAUCGCCUCAGAAGCUGCCCGGACUCCCAUCCUGGGCAGCCGACUGGACGGUGCCCUGGCCGAACAGCAGAGCUGUAUCUUUGAGAGACCUCCCCGCGGUAUCAAGACGCACAGAGGAAGAGAAUAGUGGGAAUAUAUUUAGUCAGGAGAACGGCUACGAGAUCUUGACACUUGUUCGCCCACAGAUCCUUCGAGGUUAUUUUACACGAAACGGAGCCCUGACAGGUCUAGAUGGAAUAGAGGUUGAAGAAGUUGGGGGUUUGCUUGAAGACACUGUUCUGGUUGAGAUAUACCCAGGUUUGGCGGCGCUUCUUAGGCAAGAGGAUGAUUAUUAUAUCUUCAUUCAAGUCUGCCCGCAUGCAAUGUUUCAGGAUAGUCUACUUGCGCUAGUCGAGAGAUGGAGUACAGUUGUGGUAGAUGGAAUUGGUCCCGAGGAACUACAGAACCAGGAUUGUCAUCGCUUUGGAUAUCUGGGCUCGGCUAAGCCUUUUAAAAUUCGCCCGAAUCUCACCAUCGACUCCCAUUACAUCUUCUAUGAUAACUACUUCGCCUGCCCCGUCGACACUGCCUACCGCAUCGAGAACUGCUUCGCCUACACAGGCUUCAACAGCAACUACAUCGCGAUUCUCUUAGCUAAAUACCAUUACAGCCGCAGGUGA